AUUAAUCCAAGUCCAGGACAAAUGAUACGUGGCCCUUGUAGAAGGACCUAUAAAAACCCAUGAUUCUCGUAUUGGUUAGUUUACUGUCAGUAAAAUUGUUAAAAUGGAAAAGUCUUGCUACUCCUUGGCUCCCAUGGCUCCCAUGGGUACUCCAACGGCUCAACCGCCUGUUGUGGUUAUUAACUCUAAUGGUAAGUGGAGUGCUCAGCCAUUUUCAGUCAAGUUCAUCACUCUCCUGUCUCUCAGAUACUCUGCUGGGUCCUGUGCCCCAGCGUAUGCAGUGCAAGUAUUGCCAAAUGAUCAUGGAGACGUCUAUUAAGAAACGUGUCACUCGAUACACUCAUUUCUUUGCUUUGGCAUUUUGUCUAACCGGGUUACUUUGCCUAGUUCCAUUGCCCUACUGCCUGAAGAGUUGUCAAAGUUUGGAUCAUUAUUGCACUAGCUGCAAUCAAUUUCUUGGAAAGGCGGCCAACUAAAUAAAUAGCCAUAAAGCUCUCAAAGAUUAAAUAAGAAAAUAAAAAAAAAAAGUACCUUAUUUAAUG